UCCCAAGGCCUCAGACUCCGAUCCAGCUCUUCUCCCGCCUUGCAGAGCCCUUUUUGCUGCUUCACGCGCCUCGCCAUUGUUUGCCUCGCUUCUCGCGCUCGCUCGUCACCCGCUGCAGCAAGACAGACUCUCGUCUUAGAAGCAACGCCACCUCAGCCGGAAGCUCUUAGUUCAAAGGUAACCCAUCACACCACAAUAUUCUCGCACCGAAACUCGGCCCAACUGAGCAAAAAGCUUUUCCUACUCUGCUUCUUCUGCUCCUGGCGGCGGCGGCACGCAUCGUCGGCUCGCUUCACCUCUUGUCCUGGCUUUUGCGAGACUUACGCUUACAGAUCCCCAGCCUGAUUCCUCUUGUGCGGCCUCGCGCAGCCCUAAUACCUACGUCAUCUGGUCUGUCGGCCCCUGGCACAGGCUUUUCCGCCGGAGCUCUCCCCAAAGGUCAACAACAAGCUCGCCCGACUUUUUGCAGUCCAGAUCGACGCAAUGGCCGACGGACACCCGGUUCGCGAUAUCAAGAACCACCUUCUCUUUGAGAUUGCUACCGAAGUAGCUCAUCGAGUGGGUGGUAUCUACUCGGUCCUCAAGUCCAAGGCGCCUGUCACCACGGCUGAAUAUGGCGAUCGCUACACACUCAUCGGUCCACUCAACCACCAAUCGGCCGCAGUCGAGGUCGAAGAAAUGGAGCCCACCAAUAAGGAGCUGGCCGCCACCAUGCAGACCAUGAAGGAUCGCGGAAUUGGCAUGCUGUACGGCCGAUGGCUCAUUGAGGGAGCCCCUCGCGUUCUUCUCAUUGAUACCAAGACAGCCUACAACUACGUCAACGAGUGGAAGUCGGACCUUUGGUCAGUAGCCAGCAUCCCAUCUCCACCUGAUGAUGAGGAGACCAAUGAGGCCGUUGUCUUUGGUUACUUGGUGGCGUGGUUUUUGGGAGAGUUUGUAUGCCAUGAGAAGGAGAAGGCCGUCAUCGCUCACUUCCACGAGUGGCUGGCCGGUGUGGCUCUGCCCCUUACGAAGAAGAGACGAAUCGAUGUUACCACCAUCUUCACGACUCAUGCCACUCUUUUGGGGCGAUAUCUCUGUGCCGGCUCGGUUGACUUCUACAACAACCUCCAAUACUUUGACGUCGACGCCGAGGCGGGAAAGCGCGGCAUCUACCACCGGUAUUGCAUUGAGCGUGCUGCCGCUCACUCGUGCGACGUCUUCACAACCGUGUCCCACAUCACCGCUUUUGAGUCGGAGCAUCUCCUAAAGCGAAAGCCUGAUGGCGUGUUGCCCAACGGCCUCAAUGUCACCAAGUUCUCGGCUGUCCAUGAGUUCCAGAACCUGCACCAGCAGGCCAAGGAGAAGAUCCACGACUUCGUCAGAGGCCACUUCUACGGCCACUACGACUUUGAGCCUGAAAACACACUGUACUUCUUCACUGCUGGCCGUUACGAGUUCCGGAAUAAGGGUGUCGACAUGUUCAUCGAGUCCCUUGCCCGACUCAACCACCGUCUCAAGGCGGCCAACAGCAAGAUGACUGUUGUUGCCUUCAUCAUCAUGCCUGCUCAGACCACGUCGCUGACUGUCGAGGCCCUCAAGGGCCAGGCUGUCAUCAAGUCUCUGAAGGAUACCACCAACAUCAUUGAGCAGGCCAUUGGUCGUCGUAUCUUUGAGCGCUCACUCAAGUGGCACGAGGGCGACCCGAUGCCUGAUGAGAAGGAGCUCAUUUCCGGCCAGGACCGCGUUCUCCUGCGUCGGCGGCUGUUUGCCAUGAAACGCCACGGCCUCCCGCCGAUUGUGACCCACAACAUGCUCAACGACAGCGAAGACCCCGUCCUGAACCAGAUCCGCCGGGUGCAGCUGUUCAAUCACCCAUCGGACCGUGUCAAGGUGGUGUUCCACCCAGAGUUCUUGAACUCGGCCAACCCCGUGCUGCCCCUGGAUUAUGACGACUUCGUGCGUGGUUGCCACAUGGGCGUCUUCCCUUCGUACUACGAGCCAUGGGGCUACACCCCGGCCGAAUGCACGGUCAUGGGUGUCCCGAGCAUCACCACCAACCUCUCUGGCUUUGGAUGCUACAUGGAAGAGCUCAUUGAGAACUCCAGCGACUACGGUAUCUACAUUGUGGACCGGAGGAUGAAGGGCGUCGAGGAUUCUGUCAACCAGCUGUGUCAAUUCAUGUUUGAUUACUGUGGCAAGAGCCGGCGUCAACGUAUCAACCAGAGAAACCGUACUGAGCGACUCAGCGACCUGCUUGACUGGAAGCGCAUGGGUAUGGAGUAUAUCAAGGCCCGCCAGCUCGCCCUCCGACGAGCAUACCCCAACUCGUUCCACGGAGACGAGGAAGAAGAGGAGCUGGAGGACUUUAUCCGUGGGCCGGAGCAGAAGAUCUCCAGGCCAUUCUCCGUCCCUGGUUCGCCUCGCGAUCGGACUGGCAUGAUGACCCCUGGAGACUUUGCCAGCUUGCAGGAAGGGCGAGAAGGCUUGAGCACGGAGGAUUACGUUGCCUGGAAGCUGCCUGAGGAGGAGGACCCCGAGGAGUAUCCCUUCUCGUUGACCCUUCGGACAAAGCAGCCCGGCCCUGUGAGCCCAGAGACUCAGGCCACUCUCAACGGUAACUAAAAGAACUUAGCAAAUCAAGGCGUUUUUUUCUCAAGGUAGCAUCCAUUUGCGUCCACAGCCAGCAUUGCGUCGGAUCGGGGACGUUGUACGUGUGAUUUCUCGUUCGUGUCGAAUCUAUGAUAUAUGGUUUUUGUCUCUUCCAGGACUGCGUCCGAGGUGCCAUGGGAGUAGCAGGUUGGGUAAAGGUGGGACAGGAGAAGGAAACCAGGCGGAAAAGAAAAGGCGCGGGUUAUUGAAGCUGCUGCGGUUAUCGAGGGAACUUAUC